CACAUGGAGUCCGACCCACAGCAGACGAAGUCCCUGACGUGGCAGUAUACUCGCACCUCGGUCGUCAAGUACGACCUACGCAUUCUGUACUUUCUCGGUUUCUGGCCACUGCUACAGUCGAGAGUGUUCCGCGCCUUGACAGCUGCCGUAGUAAUGCUCGGCGUGGGGCAUUUUGCAGAGGCCGUGAUAAAUCUCUCCACGUUACAGGGGGAUCUGGAGGACUACACGCUGGCCGUGUCCCACGUUGCUACUGUGUGCGUCGGCGCUGCCAAAAUGAUAUUUUUUGUCUUCCACGAACACGAGUUCUGCAAACUCGUGCGGUGGUUGGACGCACUCGUGGCUAGCCAGAUGGAGCACAUACGGGGUCAGCUUCAGGGCGAGGCGAUCUUCUACGAAGCCCAGAAGCUCGGCGCACGCAUCACGCUGUGCUUGUUAGCGAACAACGUUUUCAUAGUCACGGUAUGGUCCUUGGCUCCCCUGAUGGCAUCGGAAGGCGAGAAGAGACUCCCCUUCCAGCAGCUUCCAUUCGCAGCUGCCUACACUUCUCCGCUCUACGAGCUGUCUUACGCACUCCAGACCGUCUCCGUCUUCGUCAUCGGUUUCAUCAACGUACACGUCGACUGCUUCUUCGCGGCGGUCAUGAUCCACACCUCUGCUCAGAUAAAUGUGUUGGCCUUUCGUAUGACUGAUGUCUACUCGCGUAACGCUAGUGAAAAAUCGAAGCAAAACUCAGACGGGGGAAAGCAACGGCAUAGUUCUGCAUCAUAUGACAACAGCUAUAAAGAAUUGUGCCUGUGGGUACAAUUUCACCAGGAAAUCACAAGGUUUGUCAAGCAUUUAGAAAGCGUAAUGAGCCCCGUUGCAACGAUGCAAUUUAUUCAUGGGAUGCUCAGCGGCAUCAUGCUGAUAUUUCCAGCCGCAUCUAGCUCCGAGAAUGGAGACCUGGUGAAGUGCCUGGCUUCGGCGCCCACUGUCAGCACACCACUGCUGCUCUACUGCCUGGGGGCGCACAGCGUGAGGGAACAGGGUGAGUCGCUGUCGUUGGCUGUCUACAGCUGUCACUGGACCGAAGCCAGCACCAGUUUCCGUAGAGCGCUGCUGAUAGUGAUGAGUCGAGCACAGAGACCUUACAAUCUCACUGCGGGAGGCAUCUACCCGAUAGAAAGGAGCACCUUCCUGUCGCUGCUAAAUGCGGGUUAUUCAUACUACGCGCUGCUCAAGAACUUUAAUGGACGUUAACGGAUCAAGAUGCUGUAUGUUACUCGCCAAUAAAAGAGGACAUGCACCGCCAGAGAGCUACCCUUCCUGAAAGCUUACACCUUUCUUUGAGUUUUCGCAAAUCAGUACUUGGCGACAUGAAAGUGUGUCCACUCUGUAGCAGCACAAUGUCUGGGAGAACAGUGUAAUGCGGCUAUCGUUAUUAUGAAAAUCAUACACUCAUUACUCCAUCAGCAGGCUGAGAUGGAUUAGUGAAAAGAAAAAGAGCACUGCAAAUAAUGUAGUAUUACACUAACACAGCAACAAACCC